GAUCCCGACUGGGUCGCUUUGGGGGGCGGGGAAGCGGGAAAAGCCGCGAUUUCGGGAGCGAGCGCAGAAAGGCUAAGCUACCAAACCAGGCGGCGGCACCGCCUUCUUAGCUGAAAGAGCCCGGCGCUUGCACUUUUCCAGGCGGAGGAGCGUGCCCGUCCGCGCGCUGCGCUCAGGUGAGCUCCGGUCGCAGGUGGGACGCGGGCAAGCCAUGGAGCUCGACCCGCCUCAGCUGCCUCAGGCGCCGCCGGCGCCGCCCUACUUCUACGACCACCACGAGUCGCCCGGCGACGACUUCCACCGCUCGAGCGCGCCCAGCGAGGACAUCUGGAAGAAGUUCGAGCUGCUGCCCAGUCCGCCGGCCUCGCCGCUGCCGCCGGGCCCCGCCGAGGACGCGGCCGCCGACUACCUGCUGGAGCCCGGCCGGCUGCUGGGCAACCUGAGCGCCUUCGUCCUCCGCGACUGCAUGUGGAGCGGCUUCUCGGCCCGCGAGCGCCUGGAGAAAGCCAUGGGCGAGAAGCUGACCGCCAAGCCGCCCGCCCAGGGCCCGCCAGCCGCCGCCGCCCCCGCCGCCGCCCAAGCGCCGCACGACGCCGCGCUAGGCGGGCUGUGCGUGGCCCCCGGCGCCGUCUUCGCCUGGCCCGCCGACUGCAAACUCCCGCCCUCCUCCGGCUCCGAGAGCCAAAGCGAAUCGGGUAAGGCUGCCUCCGGGCCGGGGAGCGGGGCGGCGGACCGCACGGCACCCCCAGGGGCACCCAGUCCUGCAGCUCUGGCUGGGUGCCGAAAGUUUCUCUCCCGGGACAAAAGGCUCCUCUCGCUCUUAAUUUCCCGUGGCGCCCCUUGGACGGCGCCCCCUGUCUUCCCAGGUCUCCGUGCAGAAUUCUACAGUCCCCUUAGAGGGAUCUUUUAUUGCAAAAUCCUCCGAGCUCUUGCAUUUACUUGCCCCCCUCCCGCCCCACUUCUUCACCAGAGGUUCUACUUUCAGGGGGAAGUGUGCAUUAUCGCCCAGCUUCCCAAGGCUGCUGCUGGGACUUGCAUAACGUGGUGAGCCCAACCCAUCUGUCUUGCUUCCUCCUCCAACCUCUCCCAAUUUAGCACCCUUCAGCACAGCCGGCGGGGGAGGGGGGUGCCUGCCGCAGGACCGAAAAGAGAAGAAAAGGCGCCACUUGCACAACUCCCUCCACCACUCCAGGAGGUUGUGUGGGGGGACCCAAGAUAGAGCACAUUUCUUUGAGAGAUUGCAUUUCAGCAGGACGGGCUUCUCCAGAGUUUCCUGGUUCAGGUUGUAAACUCUGUCUAUAAACCUGUGUUUAUUGAAAAAGUUUGGCUUGGUUGGUGUUGCAGGCUUCUUAUGCUUGUGGAGUUUGGAGGGUUGCCACAGUGGACCUGUGAUGGACAAAGGCUCUGAAAGGAUUUAACCUGGGAAAUACAAGAAUUGUCUUGCAAACCCCCCUCCUCUCACAAAAUGUUGAAUGCAGUCUCAGGUCAGGUUCUGCAGCCAAGGGGAGCCAGCCAUAUUAUGCAUGUUAUAAAAGUUUUGUUGCAUAAGUGCCCACAUCUAUGCUUAUAAGUGCAUCAGUGGACAUGUAACCACUACUUUGCUGAGUUUGCUAACCUAGAUCAGUCCAAAACAGCAUCGCCACUGGCUGGUGCUGGUGGGAGUUGUAGUCCAAAACAUCUGGAGGGCCCAAGGUUGGGGAAGCAAAGUCAUUCCCAUUUGAUUAUUGGCACAAAAGUUGCUGUUCAACUAUCCUCUGAUGGAGGCAUGCAGGGGCAGUGUGUGUGUGAAUGGGAUCACAGAUCAUAAAGACCACCUUUCUGUCUUUGAAGUGCUCUAGGAUGUAGGAACAUUAGGACACAGAAUCAUAAUGUUGGGAGGGAUCCAAAGAGUCAUCUAGACCAACCCCUUGCAAUGCAGGAGUCAACAUCAAUGGGGAAGAACCGUAGUUCUUUGGUAGAGCAUCACAUCACCUUUGUAUGGAGAAGGUUUGAAAUUCGAUCUCUGGCAUCUCCAAGCAGAACUGAGAAUCAUCCUUUCAAAUCCUAGUAAGCUGUUGCAAGUCAGUAUAGAAUCUAGACAAUACUGACUUGGUAUAGUAUAAGAUAGCUUCCUAUGCAGGAUCGAACUACUCACAGCUAGAAGCCUGCCUCUGUCUUUUCAAGUCUCUAAGGAAGGAAAUUUCGCAACCUCUUCCUUCUCCCCCAGCCCAAUUUGUUUGGCUAAUCUGAUCUCGAUACUUUUAAAUCUUAAGUUUUUAAAAUGCUUUCAUUCUGUUUGGAUUGAUGUACCUCGCUUGCACAUCCAGUCCUCAUUUGUAGGCAAACCACAGAAUAAUACCAGGGGUUUCUGUACACACCAAUAUAUUUAGGGGGCAAUCUUCUUUGUGACCUCCAGCAACCUUUGCCAACCUGGUCCGUCCCCGCCCCCCCCUUGCAAACUCACCUGCUUCAGGUUGUUUGGACUGCAACUCCCAACAGCCCCAACUAGAACACCACAUGAAUGUUGUGUUCAGGGUUAACAUUGCUAUAAAUAAACUUGUUGCAUGUGUUAUCCCUUGAAAAACUGACAUAGCCUUGAAAUGGGCACACUUUCUAAUACUCUGGCCUUGUUGUUAAUCCUUGUAGGGCUGAGUCACUGGGUAAGCAGUGACUGCUUAUAUGACUCACUACAGAGCUUGAAUAGGGCUUGGGUUGAGAAACAAAUUGGGUAUAAGAUUUAAUUACAUUAGGAGAAGCAGGUCUUAAUCUCAAUUAGCAGAAGGGGCGGGGAAUGUUAUUGAUUUAUUUAAUUGUGCUUGCCCUUGCUGACCUGGACUUUUCACCCCCAUCAGCAUCUAGGCUCCUCCUUCAGAUGCUGUUUUUUUCAGCCAGUCACAUGAUUCCUGGGACAAAAAGCAACAGAUGCAAGUGUUUGUGUGUGUGCACUCUCAAUAGCUCACUAUGCCAAUGAGAGAUGACGGGUAGGUAACAGCAGUGUUUCAAGCACUGCUAUUGGCUGAUUGCCAGGAUGCUUGGAGAAGGUUGUUCUCACUGAGUCACAUUUUUUUUUAUUAAUGGGAAAGUGCUGAUUGUUUGCCCAAUGCAAGUUUUAGAAGGAGAGCACUUAAAAAUGCAAAGCAAGUGGGGGAAGGCAAAGUGGGGGCAUAGCUGGCCUGUGUUCUUUAUUUAUAAAUUAAUGGAGGCUGAAACAAGGCUGAAACAAUGCAAUUGGGGGCACCAGAUAGUGUGCACUGUGGAUGAGAACUUAUGUGGAGGGCUGGGAGGGUGUGGGGCACAAGCCCUGCUGAAACUGAGCCUACUGCAGGAGACCUUUCCCUGUCCAUAGAAUUAAGCAGACGGAGCAGGCUGGAGUGCCCACUGUAUGGUCUGCUGCUACCAUUGUCUGGCUGUGAUUCUCCAUUUGCCAUGGACUUUAAUGGCUUGGAACCUCUGGCACAGAGAUGGGGUAAAAUAACACUGCUGACUUCCACUAUGCCAUUCUUCCCCAGCCUCUGGCUCUCCAGUUCUUUUGGACUACAACUCCCAUCAGUGCAGGCAUGCCAACUCUAGGGGGCCAAGGUGUCUCAUUAUUGGUUGGAAGGAGGCCAGUUGCACAUCUCGGCUUCAGUAGCUGGCUUCUGCAGACGACAGCGUUGCAUGUGUGACAUCACACAAGCACAAUGCGCGUCUGCACCCUCAAUCUUGGGUGUGGGUGCAACUUGGCGCUUCUGCAUCAGUGCUGGCCAUCAUGAGCUGACUUGAUAGCAGUGAAUUCCUUCCACCCAUGUUUCUGAAGAGUAUUAAAAUUUUUGACCCUUCCCCAUUUGUGACAUGAGGUGGUUUUCUUCUGCAUAUGAAGGUGCUUAAGCUUUUGAAAAAGGAGGACAAGAGUAUCUUGCACUCUCCUGGGGGCCUCAUGGUAGUGAGCUGUCACAGAACCUUGUAAGAAUGUGUCCCACAGAAAACUGUCUAUGUGCCUUGUUUCCUGAGAGCAAGCAAGAGGACCCUUAGUAGGUGACAGUGAAAUGCUGGAGACAUGCUUUGAAUGACUCCAACUCUUAAGUAGGCACGAUGCCACCUUCUGUGUUACUUGAAAUCAUUUUCAUUGUGUAUUUCUGUGAAAAAUGUGCCUCCUGUAGUUUUCUCCACAAGGGCCCUUGGUCAGUUUCUAGGAAACAUUGUCUAUGUGCAACCUGUCACAGACUGUCUUAGGCAUACAAGUCCCAUUGUCCUCGGCAGAACAUAAUUCCAGCCAACACAGAUAGGGAGAAGCUUUCCUCUGAAAGCUGUUGCUGUACUAAACCAGAUGGCUGAUUUCUUGCUCAUGCAGACUAGCGGGACUUCGCUUUGUGAGUUCAGAACCGAUCUUUGUUUUCUACUGUGAUAACCUUUCCCCUUAAACUUCUUUCUUUAAAAAACUCUGACCACUUUGUCUGAAGGCUGUAUAACUUGAAUCUUUUGAAAGUCACUCAAGCCUUCUGUGCAAAGGCCUUUAAAGGACCUUCUCUUCCCACCCCCUUCCUGUAUACUGGAUGGGGAGGUGCCGAGAUCCUUUCUGUGCAUCUCUGGCUAAGUGGGGAGGGCUGCCCACUGUGUGUGUUGGGGAGGUUGUUUGUGCAGGGGAAUGGAACCCUUUGAACAGGAUUUACUACUUCUGAAAAGUAGCAAAUCCCUCCUGAAGUGUGAAGCUGUAGGGGCAAAGGCCAUCUCUCCCCAUUCCCUGCUUCAUUUACAAUUCCAAUGGGCAAUGAAAGAGCCUUGGGGGGUGGAGGGUGGGGGAGAGAUAGAGCUUUAGCAGUAAACUUUGUUCCAGGCCAGUGGUGACUAUUGCCCCCAGUCUUUUUAAUUGGGGAUGGGGAGCAUAGGAAUGCCUUGAUGAUGGCCUGGCCUUUUGUCCCUUACAAUUGCCUUUGGGAAAGCCACCCCCUCCCCUCCCCUCCAGGGACACAAAGACAAAAAACCUCCAUUCCAUUGCAAUUGUUAACAGACCCUUGGGGACAGAAAUGUUCAUCCCUCCCCAGAAUGAAGCUCCCAGUACCACAGGAUUCCUGCAGGAAUUACAUUUGCUCAGGACUUUGCAAUAGCACCAAGUCAGACUGCUUGAGAGAAGGUAGAUCAGACCGCUCAUCCUUUCAGUAAAUGCUAAAGGUUAAGAAUCUAGUCUUUGCCCUCAAAAUAAAGCAGCUUACAGGGUGAGAUUUGAAUCUGGAACCAUGCCCAACACUUUAUGGAGUGGGCAAUAAGUACAUUAGGAUGCUCUAGUAGUAGAUUGGGAAGGACUUUUCAGUUUGCCUUUAAAAAAAAAGAAAAAAAUGAAAACCUUCUGGUUGGCCAUGAGCUAAUGACUUAUCUUUCAUCUUGGGUGUUCUUCAUAUGAAAAUGAGCACUACUUGGUGGAUUUUGAUGUGGUGUUUACCAGUUUCUGAGUUGUGUAGCUUCACCGUUAAUUUAAAAGCAUACUUAUUCUGCUCUUUAGGCAAAAAGAUAAAUGAAAACAAGGAGGGGAAAAGAAAACAAGUGAACUUGAUAAUCAGUUCUUAAAGUUAGUUUUCAUCUGUAUAUAUGGCUUAUGAGGUGCAGAAGGAACCUGGCUCAGCAGGUGCAUCUUAAAUGACCCCUUUGCCCUGCACUUCACCCCCCUGGCUUGUGCAUCUUCCUAGUCCUUUCCUACUUCAGCCUCUGCUGUGUGUGGUAGCUGCAGGAACCAAAAGAGAUGAAGAGACCCACCUGUCUCCAGUUGGCCUCAGUGCUCAAUAGUAAGACAUCAGUAGAUGGGCUCUUUGCUGAUUCUGCAGAAACAGAUUUCAUAGCAUCCCUGGAGCCAGGGAUUAAAAGAAAGGUGGGGCUUUACCUUGCCCUUUUGUUUUCAGUCCCCUCACCCCACCCCACCCCCGUCCACAACAUUUGGUGCAGGUCCCCAUCUCUUCUUCAUCAUUCUCCACUGAUAUUUGAGCAACCUUUGUCACCACCCUGUGUGUGUGUGUGCAUGUGCAAGUUCUCCAUUUGGGAUUCAGGAAGGAGGAAAAGUAGAGAGGCUUCAGUAGAAAUCUUUAGGAAGCCUUUGAUAGCUCAGGUCUGGGAAGGUGAUGACUUGCCCCAAAUGUGCUGCUCCUUCUGUGAUGCAGCUGAUGUUGGUUACUGCUUCCCAGAUUCUUACUUGAAAUGGAGCUGCAUGGUUUUAUGCUCCUGAACACCCGCUCCCCUCAAAAUGCUUGGACCACCACCUUGUUACAUCUUGCAAUGGCAUAGAAAGGUUGGUUCCUUCGUUAGACACCUCAUGCAGUUCUGUUUAGAAUAAGGAACUGGGAAUCGGUCCCAGACUCUUUGAGGAAUCCAGUUCCACUUGAUGUACAGAGCUGGCUUUGAAGCAAAGCAGGUUGAGUCUAGUCAGUGAGGCUGCCUUGUAACCUCAGUGCAGCUUGAAUGUAUGUAUGCUUCCUUGAUUUUCGUGGUGGUAAAAAAGUGGGGUGAUAAAAAAGUGGGCUAUAGUUCCCAUCAUCCCUGUCCAUUGGCCAAGCUGGCUGAGGCUGAUGGGAGCCGUGGUACAAAACAUCUGGGGGGCACCUGGUUGGCUGCAUGAAACCCACCCUGGUGUGCUAACUUGUGUGUUACUGCCUGAAACAGCCUGUGGUGUUUGCCAAGGUUUAAUGGCUUGUUCCCUCUUGUUUGUACACAGAAGGGGAAGAAAUUGACGUGGUGACGGUUGAGAAGAGGCAGUCGCUGGGUGUGAGGAAGCCAGUCACCAUCACUGUGCGGGCUGACCCCUUGGACCCUUGCAUGAAACGUUUCCACAUAUCCAUCCACCAGCAGCAGCACAAUUACGCAGCCCGCUCACCACCCGAGGCUUGUUCCUGCACGGCUGCCUUGGAGAAAAGCAGUCAAGAGGAGGAGGAGGAGGAGGAGGAGGAGGAUGGUGGUGCACAGUCCCUGAGGCAAGUGGCAGAGCCUUCCUCUCUUGAACCUUUCCUCCUGAAAUCCGGGAGCGCUCCCAGUUCGGACAGUGAAGACGUGACCAAGCGGAGAAACCACAACUACUUGGAGCGCAAGCGGCGCAACGACCUCCGCUCGCGUUUCCUGGCGCUGAGGGACCAGGUCCCUGGUCUCGCCACCUGCCCCAAAACCCCCAAAGUGGUGGUGUUGAGCAAAGCUUCAGAGUAUCUGCAGUCACUACUCAAAGCAGAGCAGCAGAUGGUUGCUGAGAAGAAGCUGCUAAAAUUGCAUCAGCUUCAGCUGUUGAAACGGAUUUCGUACCUCAAGAGUGCGCAUUAGCUGCCAGGAACUCCAAACUGCUUGCCAGCCUGAUCUCUGCACUUUUUUGUGGUGGGGGGGGGGGACAAACAAAAACAAAUUGGUUUGUUGACUUGCAGAUCCCAGAAUGCAAUGCAGCUGGUGCACGCAAAUGGGGGCUUGCAUUCCAUACACUAUUUUCCACCCUGGUCUUCACUCUUAGCCAGUUAUGGGUGCUGGAGAAUCUCCUAAGUUGUGCAGGAGUGAUGAUGAUCAGGGCAGUGGGGUUGAGCGGGGUUUAGCUACUCAGACUUCAGCUUCUACAGCAAAAUGCUGACUUCUUCACAGGCUGAAUGAGCCUCCAUUCCGGUUGGGAUCACCAGAAGCCUGAGUGUUUCUCUGGAAAAGCAUCUUGUGGAAUGCUUCACAGUACUUUCUGACAGAGGGGCCUGAGUCAACAUUUCUAAAGCUGGGGCAAAGAUGGACCCUUCAGUUGUCUCUCCCAAGAGGCUUCUUCUGUUUCUCCCAGUCAAAGUUGGAUUGUAAACACUGGCUAUGGAUAGUUCUACAUACCCUCUUUUCUCCCCAGGCUCUGCUUCUUGCCACUGGCAUUUAAGAAGACAGAUAUCUUGUGCAAUUUGUUUCUUUUUUUACAAUGGUCCUACGCAAUAGACUUUUUCCCACCCCCAAGCACACUCCCCCGCCCUAUUUUCCAAUGUUGUUUAGGAUUGACAGCUCUCUUCCCUUCUUGGAAUUUAUUAUGGGUGAAUUUUUAAAUGUCGCCACCUCUGAUGUCCUGGCUAGGGCUUAUGGGAGUUGUAGUCCAAAACAUCUGGAGGGUACCAGGUGGAGAAUGUCACAUUAUGUGAAGUUAUUUCACAGCUGACACUUGAAGACAGCUUAAAUCUGGCUUUUGCUUGAGAUCUACAGCUAGAUUACCCCUCAGGCUAAGAUCAGUGCCUUUCACACUUGAGGUGGAAGAAAAUAUUGGGCAGAUCUACAUCAUACACUUAAAGCACAUGACUUCCCCCACCCAAUCCCCAAAGAAUCCUGGCAUCUGUAGUUUCUCACAGAGCCAGAAUUCCCAGAACCCUCAACAAACUAAAGUUCCCAGGAUUCUUUGGGUGAAAACAUGUGCUUUAAAAUGUAUGGUGUGAUUCUGCCCUUAAUGGCAUCAGCAUAAUAGACCCCAAAGUGGAUUGAUUUCAAUGGGAUUAAUUCAGGUGAACUUCUAAUCAGUUGUGUCCAGUGAUGAUGCUGUCUUGCUGUGUCAACCUUGAAUCUGCCCCUCGGGGUAAUUCCUCUUUCUGAGAUGGAGGGGUGCAGAACCUUCUCUCAAGAACUGUUAGAGGCUUUAUGUGUGCAUUUAAGACAUUCUCCCCCCUCCCCCUCCCCCACAACUGUUCCUUCACUGGAAAUGCACUGAGAUCACCUUGGAUUUCAUUUACCUCAUACUUAUUUUUCCACUUGGGCAAUGCAGCUUCUUGUCUUUGGUUUUGUAUAUCCUAGAAUCCAUUGUUGUGACUGCCUGAUUCUUUAUACUGGAUGGCUUUUUUUAAGAUAUACUAUUUUUAUACUUUUUUUAGAAAUUAUUUUGUAAAAUACUUGUUCUUUCUUUCCUCCCAGCUUUUCAAAGAUAAAACAGUGGGUAGAGGGCUCUCAGUACUGCUUUUGUAGAUGAGAUCGUUCAAACUGAGAUUCAGCAGGAAAAAAAUACUUCUGUUUUGACUAGAAAAUGAUUUCCUAAGUCAGGGGUCUGGUCCCAAAUUUCAAGCACCAAUAAUGAGACUAUUAGACAUCUUAAGGGUGUUUUGGUAGAGUGGGUGGUUAAGGGAGUCCCUAGAUGGGAACAUUGUAAUUUCAACUGCCCCCUAUAGAGAAGUUUUCUACUGAAGGUGUCCUACUGAUUCUUAAGACUAAGAGAAGCCUUUCCCUUUCCCCCUCCACCUUCCCUUUCUCUCGAAAUAAAAGGGCUGCAUGAAUAUAUUUUGGGGGAAAUGUGCAGUGUGGCGUUGUUAAUUGAUGUUUACUCACAGCUAGGUUCCACUGUGUCGCCCCCAGGAAAGGGAGCACCUCAGUCCCAUGCAUAAAGAGAAAGAAAGCAAUGAUAAUGUGGUGAUGUGUUUUUUGCUCUGGUUUUGCCAGGUCCUUAACAGCUUUUGUUGAGCUGGCUGGGGCUACCCCCCUCUCCCUCCUUCCCUUUUAUGCAGAUCCCUCCCACCCAUCCUCCUUUGUCUCUUGGGUAGGGAGAGGCCAGAGCUGGAGGUGAUGGAUGACCCUUUAUCUUGGCUUGCACACAGUUUGGUGGGCGCAGACUGGUCUCCCACAAUGCAUUGGGGACUCCUUCAGGCGUUCUUUGACUGGCCCGCUGGAGCCUCAACGCUGGGUGGUCAGACUUAGCACUUUCUUUGUUACCUCGCACUUCUUAAAUAAACGGAAUCUCAAAAAGGACAGGCUGAGUCUGCUUUUUCCCCCUCCCUUUUUGAGCCAAGGGAUAUAUGUGAGACCCUUAUCUGCAAAGAUAAAUCAGUCUUCGUGUUUGUAAUUUAGUUGAAUGCAUGUUCGUUUAGUUAUGUAGAGGAGGGGAAGAGGAGAAAGUUUGGACAAUAUCCUGGAAAAAGAGAACCAGGGGAGCAUGGUUCUGGCAUGUGCUCCGAAGGAAGAGCAUGGGAAAUGAAGAAGUAGUAAGAGAGCUGUCAUAGCCCGCAGCUGAAUCAACCCAUCCACAUGCAGCUAAUAAGAGAGUGUAGGCAGGAAUUCUUUCUCUGCUGCUCUUGAUGUGUGGAGAUUCUUUUAUGUUUAUAUAGGACCUGGGGGGAUUUUACAGUAUUCUGUAGGCUUAUGAUGAUCCUGGGAUAAGAAAAAGACAUAAAUGGAAGACAAUAUUUCAGCAGCAGUAGUAGAAAAUGUAAAAAGCUGUGUAUUUGAGGUGAUUAACUGUAUUUGCACAUCAUCUUUCCUCUGCUGGGAGAUGGACCAGACCCCCUCUGAAGCACUGAGCCCACCUUCUCACCUGUCUGAAAGUCCUGCCCCUGCUUUCAUUUCCCUCUUAUUGGCUGCACAUUUCCAUGUUCAGCAGUGUAGCUGAAAGAUCUUUUUGUAGGAAUUAAUGCACCCUAAAUCUUUUGGCCCCCUUAGAGUUGGAUUCAGUUCUCUGCAGCAAGCAUUCCUUUCUGUGUCUGCCUGCCACUGGGAGCCAUCAAAAGUGGAGGCAAUGUAUCAGCAGAGCCCCUCAGGAAUCCUGGCAAAACAGAAUUUCUGCCUCUGUAGCAGGUUGGGCUAGAUGAACUUUGGGAUGCUUUCAGCUCUGAUUCUGUCAGAGCCAUCCUGGUUCUGCUUAGCUCAACAACCUCU